CUUCCGAAUUCUAGAGAGGUGACAGUGUGAAAUGACUACUAUUUGAUGGCACAUUCGAGAUCGAUGACUUUGUCAUUGGUGUCAAUGCGAGUUCGGAGUGAGCCGAUCAGCUGAUCUGUCGCCGUUUAUAUUAAAGUUGGCUACCGUGGAGCUGCUACAGCGAUCGGACGAAGCAUUCCACUUUUAUAUCGAUUGGAGUCAUUCUCAGCACAUUUUUAUUGUAUUAAAAUACGAAUGUACUGAUUGUACAGUCAAAUGUCUUGGUUUAAAAUUUUCGUUUGACUCAUUUAAAGUUUCUCCAAUUCUGUAUAGAUUGAAUCGCCAUUUAAACUUGUAUCGGGCCUAAAUCUAGUAUGGACGUUGAAGACUGCAAUGGGCAGUCGAACAUGUCAGUCAGUGGAGACUCUUCAAUGGAAAGAGAGUUUUCUGGGGGCCUCGGCGGUCCAACAGUAAGCACCCCAAACAGCAAGGAAACCUCACCUCAUCGCUCCCUCAGUGUCAAUUCCAUUAAAGUGGAAUUGUACAGCGAUGAAGAUCCCGGUCCCAGUAAUGACGACGAGCAUGUGGAACGUGUAGCGGAAGGAGGUGUGGAUCAGGGAGCGGAGGCGCCUGGUUACAGGGAGCUUGCCAAUCAUGACAACAUCAGACUGCCCAAUGGGAAGCUCAAGUGUGACAUCUGUGGAAUGAUUUGCAUUGGGCCCAAUGUUCUCAUGGUGCACAAACGGAGCCACACAGGUGAGCGGCCAUUCCAAUGCAAUCAGUGUGGUGCCUCCUUUACUCAAAAAGGAAACCUCCUCCGUCACAUCAAGCUGCACUCUGGAGAGAAGCCCUUUAAAUGUCCUCUGUGCAGCUACGCCUGUAGAAGAAGAGACGCGCUCUCUGGCCAUCUUCGCACUCACGCCGUAUCCUCUCCAACUGUUGGGAAGCCAUAUAAGUGCAGUUACUGUGGUCGCAGUUACAAACAGCAGAGCACUUUGGAGGAGCACCUUGAACGCUGCUACAACUACUUACAGAGCGUGGAGUCAAAGCAACCAAACAGUGCUCAGCAUCUAGGAGAGGAGAUUAGGGAGAUGGAUUACAUACCAGACUCCCCGCUUCAUACCUCCUCAGACAAGCUGACAUUUGUUGAUCGGCUUGCCGGCAACGUCACCAAACGCAAAAGAUCCAUGCCACAAAAAUUUGAAGGACAGAAGCACAUACGUCGUGGAAAUGCACCUUACGAGCUUAGUGCUGCUUUGGACAAAGAUGGAGAGGCGCAUCCAGGAGACCCGGAAGGUUUACACGUUCCUGGAGGAGAGUACGCAGGCACAGCAGGCAGUGGAGGACCAGGAGGGGGGAUGGCAGACACACCCCGACCUCUUCAUCACCCCACCACUCACCCGUCAUGUUUAUCUGAAUUCCGAUCGAUGCACGGCGCAGCUUACGCACCUGGCGCUCUCGGCCUAAGACUGGACUGCACGGGGACCUGUGCAGUCCUGGGGGGCGCGGGUGUGGGGAGAAGGGAGGCGGCGGAGGGCCAUGAAGAUCUGCCCAUGGGUCGAAGUCAGGCAACCUCCCCCAGCAACGGUUGCCAGGACUCUACGGACACGGAAAGCAUGCCGGAUGAACCCUGCAACACCACCGCUCCGGCCCCGAACAUGCACAGGAACAACGGGCAUCAUCUCCACAACGCCGCUCCUAUUCCGCACUACAAGAUUUGGGACAGGCACAGCCCCGGCCACGCCAAAGACAGGGAGAUGAAAAGAGAGGAUGGAGUUAACCAUGCGCCCCCUGCCCCCGGCCUCCCCCCAAUGCCCAGUUCCCCUACGGCACCCUCGUCCACCUCGAGGGAGACUCUACGAGUGGUCGACGGCGAAGGGCGAACGGUGCGCUGCUUCCGAUGUGACCACUGCCAGAUGCUCUUUCUGGACCACGUCAUGUUUACCAUCCACAUGGGCUGCCAUGGAUUUCGCCAGCCUUUCGAGUGUAACAUCUGUGGCCACAGGAGCCAAGACCGCUACGAGUUUUCUUCACACAUCGUCCGUGGAGAGCACAUCCUGGACUGAGGAACAGUCCUGACGAGCUCAGCCUGGCUUGGUUUGGUCUGCACAGCACAAAGCAAACCUAUUAUUUAUCAUAAUGCACUUUGAAAAUGUCUUUAAACAUGCACUUUUCCCAUCCACACAUGUGCCUUGCGCCCAUAUUCAGGAUUCCCGCCUGAUGCACAUCCUGUGGUUGACCAAUCCGACCUGAAAACUCUUCAGCACUUUAACAGAUUCUUCAUCUAAAAAAAAAGGAAAAUGUGAAGACCACCUCAUUUGAAGAAAUAUUAACUUCCACGGUCAAGUUUAAGUCCUUCUUUUAAGUGCAGACCAAAUCCGAGAGCCAGGUCAAAGUCCACAAGAUGGGUUUUAAAAGUUGUCUGUGAAGCAUAAAUGCACUUUUUGUUUUGUAUCUAGUGGUGGAGUGAUGGAAUUGAGUGUAUGGAUGUGAGACGCCCUUUAUUUUGUGAAAUAUCAAGUCUAAUGUGGAAAAAUGAAGGCCUUUACUUGGAUGACUUGUCUUAGGUGUCUGUUUUCUGUUCUAUAAAUGCUUUUGUUGCACUGAUACAUGUCAGAAUAACCUGAUUAUAUUAAACUUGUAGAAUACA